AUGCCUGUCACCAUUCGUCCACGCCCUGAAAAGGUGGGUGCGAAUGACGAUAACGUCGUAAGCUCCUCUGGCGAGCUUCUUGUUGUCACAUCGAAGGAGUGACUGCAAGGAGGCCUGGGUUGGGGGGGACCAACAAACGACAGACUUCCGAGGACCGGCCAGUUCUGCGCUCUUCUUUCGAAGAUCUCGAAGCCGCUAGCCCCAGUAUUAUUCCCUACAGAAACGGCCUCGUUCAUGGAAUCAUUCGAGCCUUUGAACAGGACCUCCAUCUUGUGCUCCGGCCUGAUGAUGUUUGGUUGGCUAUUUUGGUUCAAUUCAACUUCUACGUCAACGCACAUGCCGAAGAACUACAACACCUCUUUGUCACCCACAAGGGAAAACAAGUCCUUGAGCUCGAUAUGCGUCCCAUCCCACUUAGCGAGAUUGAUUUCCAACAGGCUUCUGAAAAGUUCACCGAGCUCAUGAAGCCCUUUCUCGUGGACGAGAGCCUCUCCAAAUGGCUCCUGCCUGCGUUCACCACCACGACCGCGAACGAUCAGACAGUGGCAGCCCUGACUCUGAUGUCUACAAUGAAAAAAUACUUCGACUAUUCACUCCUAUCUGGCGGAUGUGGUUUCCCUUCUGUAACCUUGGAAGGUGAGAAGAAGGACUGGGAGCUCCUGGCAGCUAAGAUCCAAGUCCUUGCUGAUUAUGGAGAUGAACCGGCCGAUUGGUCUGUACGCCUCGUCAAGGUUGUCGAGAAGAUGAUCGAAGGCUUUGACAAGCCUGAUGAUGACAACAUCAAGGAUUUCUGGAUGCGAGCUUGCCAUGCUGCACGAGAAGACGGUUCAGGGUGGAUCGAGACCUUAUCAGGAUGGCUUACAGCAUUUUGCUACUGGGGGGAAGAUGGUAAGCCGGUAGGUGACUGGUCUGAUGAAGCUCUGAAAAAAUUGAUGCCGAAAGUUGAUCGUCCACGACUCACCCUUGAUGACAUUCCGUUCCCGGUCAUCUCCCGCUAUAAGGUGCCUAAGGCUGUGACGGAAGUGCCCAUUGUCGUGAAAAACUACGACACGCAGAUGGUGCAUGAAACAACCGUCAUCACAGGUCAGAUGGCAAUGAAGGGUGUUCAGAUGGAUGACGGGUCUCAGAUCACCCAUGUCCAGCCUAUGUCUGGCUGGUGGAUGUUGGAGGAUAA